CCUUUUUCUUCCGAUCAAAUUUCAUUCCAUAAAUUUCGGAGGUAAGUUUCUGAGGGAAAUUUCAUUCGCAAUCCAAAACCCUAGUUUCGAUGGCUAGUCACACCAGUGAAUCUGAUAGAAAAACUCGGUUAUACCACCCUUACCAGGAUCUCCAUAUCCCAGUUCAAAACCUCUAUAACCUCCCUACUUCCCCUGAGUAUCUUUUCGAUGAAGAAGCUGCCGUUCAACGUCGCUCAUGGGGUGAGAACCUGCAAUAUUAUACGGGUUCUGGUUACCUAACUGGUGCCAUCGUUGGGGCAGCCAAAGGGUCUAUUGAGGGGAUCAGAGCUGCUGAGCCUGGUGAUUCCAUGAAGCUAAGAAUCAAUAGGGUUUUGAAUUCUGGUGGGCAGACUGGAAGAAGGUUUGGGAAUUCUUUGGGUAUUGUGGGUUUGAUCUUUGCUGGGUUGGAGAGCGGACUUAUUCAUUUGAGAGACUCGGAUGAUGUGUUGAACAGUGUUUUAGCUGGGUUAGGAACUGGAGCUCUCUACAAGGCGGCUUCUGGACCACGGUCUGCUGCUGUUGCUGGGGCAAUUGGAGGUUUAGCUGCAGGAAUUGCGGUUGCAGGCAAGCAGGGGUUCAAAAGAUAUGUUCCUAUUUAGUCAGUAUCUCUUUGUGGCUUUGGGUCCUUGAUGAAUUUGAUGGGAUCAAUUCGUCGACUUGUCUUUGUUCUUCUUUCUAUUCUAAGGCAAUUUUGAGUCAGAAAUAUAUAAAUUUCAGUUUAGGACACUUAAUUCAAUCUCUAUAUAUUCAAGUUGAAGAGAAAUUUCAUGUCAUUGGGAG